GCUUUAACCAAUCACGAGAGGAGUAAUGAAAUCCCAUCUGGUUCUUUGGACUAUCGCGAGUUUUCAGGUGCGCCCUCUCUGCUAGCCUGCUAGCUGCUGCUGGGAGUUGCGGCAUUUUUUCAGGAUCUGUCAUAAUGAGUUACGCGGAGAAGCCGGAGGACAUCACCAGGGAAGAGUGGAUGGACAAGCUGAAUAAUGUCCACAUUCAGAGAGCUGAUAUGAAUAGGCUCAUCAUGAACUAUCUUGUUACAGAGGGUUUCAAAGAAGCAGCGGAGAAGUUUCGCAUGGAGUCUGGGAUUGAGCCCAGCGUGGACCUGGACUCUCUAGAUGAAAGAAUUAAAAUCAGAGAGAUGAUCCUUAAGGGACAGAUCCAAGAUGCCAUUGCUCUCAUCAACAGCCUGCACCCAGAACUGCUAGACACCAACCGUUACCUUUACUUUCACCUACAGCAGCAGCAUUUGAUCGAGCUGAUUCGCUUGAGGGAGACCGAGGCGGCCCUCGAGUUUGCUCAGUCCCAGUUAGCAGAGCAAGGCGAGGAGAGUCGAGAGUGUCUGACUGAGAUGGAGAGGACACUGGCCCUGCUGGCAUUUGACAACCCCGAGGAAUCACCCUUUGGGGAUCUGCUCAACAUGAUGCAGAGACAGAAGGUAUGGAGUGAAGUGAAUCAGUCAGUGCUAGACUAUGAGAACAGAGAGUCAACACCCAAAUUGGCCAAGCUCCUGAAGCUGCUGCUGUGGGCUCAGAACGAACUUGACCAGAAGAAAGUAAAGUAUCCUAAGAUGACAGACCUCAGCAAGGGAACAAUUGAAGACCCAAAAUGAGGACAUUAAGUGAAAACACACCAGAGCAUUAGUACAAAAUGGACACACUUCCCCUAUUUAUACCCCAACAAACUGACUCAUACAGUACAACCUUUUCUUUUUUGUAAGGGUUGCUUUUUGAUACUUUAAUAACAGAAUGUGCAAAAUGGAUUGUUGACAUUUCAAAAUGACAUCAUCACACACAAAAACGACAUACAAACCAUUGUUUUACUCGGUAAAAUUAUGAUUUGUUUACAUGUUUGUGUUCAGUUUAUGUCAUUUCCUCUUGCAUAUUUCGGUUACACUAGUUUUUUCUGUCUAUUGGCAGGGAAAGUUGGAUUUGAAGGGUGUGAAUGAAGCCUAAAUUAGGCUCUCACUUUCUGUGUGACCACCUAGAACGGGGCUGAGUUGUGUUUUGAUGAAGAAUGAUUAGCUCAGUUUGCACUGCCUCAAAUAAAUACUAUUUCCCCCUCCGGAGAAAAACAUUCACAUUUCAGCUACUCAUACAUAUUAAGGCAAUGGCCAAAGAAAGAUACUUGGUAAGUUUCAAACUUUCCAGUGUAAUGUGACCUUGUAAGUUUAAAAGCAACCUUAGUUUCAUAUUGUGCUAUUGCUUGAAACAUUACAAAAAAAAAAAAAAAAAAAAAAAAGAUGUCGAACAAAGACAUAAAUGAAAGUGCGUUUUCAGGCUACAGCAUGGGAGCACUUCAGCAGAUGAAGGCAAGGGCCAAGGCAAAGACGUCUGGGAUGCUUCAAACCUUCCAGUGUACUGUGACUUUGUACGCUUAAAAAUGCAGCCUCAGUUUCAUACUGUGUUAUAAUUUAUAAAAUCACAAAUAUGAUAUUAAAAGAUGUGAAUGCGAUUAGUCCAUGUACACAGGCAUGGGGACAGAUUUUACAGAUGGGACUAUCUACAUGUAUGGAAUAAGUAGCUCUUCUGCAACAUUUGAUGUGCUUUAUUUGCUGAUAUUAUUUUGCAAUAAAAAUGGGAUUUUAAAACC